CCAAAGAAUUAAGUAGAAUUGGUUUAUGGCAAUAAGACAAUUAUUAGACACUUCGUGUUUUUGGGUUAAUUUGAACAGAUAAAAACGAUACUUGUCGAACGAUAACUGAAUAAACUCUUUUAUUUAUGAUAAUUGACAAUUUGUUGUAACAAGAUAAGAAAGAUUACCCUGUCCAAAGCCAACUCUGAUAAUUGCUUAGGAUAUCAAAGAUAAGAAAUGACGAAAGGUUCUCACUCAUAUGUAAAAUUCAAAUCAUCUUUUUUACUCAAGAUAAUUUAUCUCUUAAACUGUGAUGCACGUCAAAGCCUUUUCUUUAAAAUUGCCUAAUUUGAUGCGAAGGUUCUUAAUUUUAAUCACUUUUCUUUGCUUAGUUUUUUUGUUUUACCUUAAAGCUGAUUUAAGAUUAUAUCAAACUAAAUUAUCACACCCCGUUUUUUAUACCAAUAAGUCUGUUUCUACUGUUGAUGGUUUACCAGUGAUAUUGCUCUGGAAUGAUUAUUAUGAAGAUCCAAGUUGGCUUGGCCUUGCGGAAACAGUUUUACCAUGUGGAUGUUUAAUUACUCGUGAUCCAGCUCUAUUACCACAGGCAAAAAUUGUAAUAUUCCACUGGAGAAAUUUCGAUGCAAAUGAUCUUCCAACCAAAUAUGCUGGUCAAAUAUGGAUAUGGUAUCAUCUUGAAUCUCCAACAUACACUAAAAGACGCCAACUGCUGGAACAGUUCCAGGAGCAUAUUGAUUGUUGGGCAACCUAUCGGCAAGACUCUGAUUUUGUAUUAGAUUAUGGACGGUUUGAAAGAUUGACCAAGCCUAAAAAAGUGCAGAAAGUAAACGUUUCAAGUAAAAAAAAGUACAUCGCUUGGAUGGUUUCGCAUUGUGGGGCUGCAAGUGGUCGAGAUGAGUUUGCUCGACAAUUAUCCGAGUAUAUUCCCAUUGAUAUUUAUGGCCAAUGUGGGAAGCUUCGAUGUUCGGAAUAUAGUGCUUACAAUAAUCAAGAUUGUUGGAAGAUGAUUGCCUCUGAUUAUAAAUUUUAUCUCGCUUUUGAAAACUCCAUUUGUGAUGAUUAUUUUACAGAGAAGGUGAUAAAACCACUUGAUGAAUAUGUCAUUCCAUUGGUAUUGGGUGGAGCCGAUUAUGAUAGAUUGUUGCCCAAUAAUUCAGUUAUAAAUGUUCGCAACUUUGGUUCAGUUCGAUAUUUAGCCAUGUUUUUACGUUCGCUGGCUAAGGAUGAAGAGAGAUACAAUUCGUAUUUCGCAUGGAAAGCUAAUUAUUCUGCAGUCUUGAGGAUUCCAAAUCUCUACAAAGAUGUUAUGUGUGAUAUUUGCUCGGAAAUUAAAGGCAAAAAUUUCGAGAAAUCUUGUCGAGGACAAAAUGAAAAUCUUGUCAAUUGGUGGUUCAAUGAUUCGAUUUGCCAAAAUUCAGCAUUUAGAGGCUGAACUUUUAACUUAUUUAAUUAAAUAUCUAAAGACAGAA